ACAUGGUGUUGUAGCUGUUAAGGUCACUAUAUAUGUUCACGUUUUCUAGCUCGCCAUUGGCCAAAAAAUUGCGUGUUUAGACGUAAUUACGCGUACACACGUUAUUGUCUUGUACGCGUUACGUGUAAAGAUAUUUGAUGAAACCACUGAUCUAAAUAUAUGGAUCAGUGGAUGAAACGGCUUAGGCUUGUGACGUCACAGGUCGUUUUGCUGAAGAUGGCUGCUGUGAGGACGCUCUCCGGUGACGGCAGGAUGACUAUGUUGGUGUUUGUGUGUGUGUUCGCAGCGGUGAAGAGCGAUGAGCAGGUGCCUGUGGUGGCGUGGACGAGUGACGGGUUUGUCCUGUCUCCUGUGAAUGCUCCAUCAGCGGGUCACACAGUGUCAUUGGAUGAGCUGGAGUCAUAUCUGAACAGAGCUAUGAGCACUACACCACAUAACCUGCUGCUCUUCCUGCAGGAUAAAUUGAGUGUUGAUGAUUUCACAAUGUAUGGAGGAGUAUUCGGAAACAAACAGGACAGCAUCUUCCACAAUCUUGAGGCAGCUUUGGACUCUUCCUCUUCAUUAUGGCUGCCGUCUGUGUCAUCGUCUGCUACUACUUCAGUUUCUACUCUGCUUCAGAAUCAGAUUGAUACAGCUCCUCUCUAUAUGAACCCAGAAACCCUUGCUCAACUGCGCCUCAAUGCAUCUGUCGCCACCCUGCUAGUGUUCCGCCUCCCGUACAGCGUCGGGGCUGAUAUGAUGUCUGCUAAAGAGGUGCUAAGUGGAAAUGAUGAGGUGAUUGGUCAGGUGCUGAGCAUCAUGAAAGUUCAAUCUGUGCCGUAUACUGCUGUGUUCACUGCGCUCCGGGCCUCACGGGUGAUUGAAGAGGCAUCUCCCGCUGUACACUCUGUGGGCUCACGUUCCCUCCUGCAGUCUAGGCGUGGGGAGCCUCCUGCACUGUACCCACCGGUGGAGUUUAAGGAGAAGGGCUCCACCUGCAUCCUCUUGUGGGCGGAAGAAUUGGUGGUGAGCCAGCAUAGGUCAGGAAAGUGGGAGAGACACGACCUCGCCUCCAAAACCUUUGGUGAAGGUGUAAUUCCUGACCUGGCUGGAUCCUCCUGCAAUGAGAGUCACUCUAGACUGGUUCUGAACUAUAAGGAUGUCCUGAAUUUCCAGACUUUCAAGCUCAUUUUUGUCAUGAAUCAGCGUCACUAUAAGGUUUCUGCUCGACGCUGGUUCACAAUGGAUCUGGUUCAGUUGGAGUAUGAUGGGAAAAAGGCCUCGUUCAACGCUAGCCACCACAUCUACGCUCCAGCAGAAUAUUCAUACCACUGUGAGUCCGUCAGCAGCUCCCGCUACCCACAGCUCUCUCCACACUCAGCCAAAGACAACGCCAACGAGUGGCAGAUCUCAUUCGACGACUUCCAGAUCCAGGCCUUUAACGUGGCCGGGAAGGAUUUCUCUUAUGCCAGUGACUGUGCUGGUUUCUUCACUCCUGGUAUCUGGAUGGGGCUGGUGACGUCUCUGCUUAUGGUGCUGGUUCUCGUUUAUGGUCUUCACAUGAUCAUGCAGCUCCGCACAAUGGACCGAUUCGAUGACCCCAAGGGUCCUGCCAUCUCUGUGCCCCAGACCGAGUAAAACGCACUGAGCCAGUUUCCUCUCUUAUCUUCACAGCAUCAGUGUUUGUUUGGGGAAAGAAUGUGGUGUUCUGUUCUUGUUUUUGUGUGAUUGAUGAGCUGCUAGUUCUUGCAGUGAUGAUAAUCAUUCCAUGAAGUAGGAUGUUUAUGGCUGAAUCUCACUACAGCAUCAUAUUUCACCCAAAAAUCAAAUAAGUUCUAUUUUGCAUAAAGAAAAUUAAGCUAAUUUUGAGACCAUUAAGAUUUUUGCAUUCUGACGUUAAGCACAUGACAAUUAACACAUUUAUUUCCAGUCGCCAUCAAUCAAGGCAUUAAAACAAAUAUUACCACAAAGAAUACAUACUUUAAGGUCAGUGCAUGAAGUGACUUGAAAAAGUCUUCAUUUACUUUAUGCACUUUGUUUCGUGAGAUUCAGCCCUAAUAUUUAGUUUUAUUUAAUUUCUCAUAAGCACUAUAAUUUGUGUCUUUUUAUCCCUGUGCUUUUGUGGGAAAGUCUUUUUUGUUUUGUGAUAUGUGUUUGUCAUUGGAGGCUUGAGCCAGUAUUUUGCUGCUUGUAAAAACUAUUACAUCAUCAGAUUGAUUCAUGAUAGCCUGAGCUGUUUUCAGUUAUUACCACUAGAGAUUUGAACAGAUCUGUGUGAACUACAUGAAACCAUAUUUCUUCUCAGUCUUGGUCAAAUAUUGAUGUAUGUUAAUGUAUUUAAUUUGAGCAGACAGAUGCACAGGGACGUGUACUAUGGUGAUCCAAACAUCUUAUUUGACCCAUGCACUAAUAAUGGAGUAACUUUGUGAAAAACUUCUGUUGCAGAUCUGCAUGUUAUUAAUAGAGAUGAAUUGAUGUUUUGAGUGUGCUGUUUAUUGUAAAUAUGUAGAGGGGAAUUCAUUGCUAGUUGAAACAUAAUUUAUUUGUGGUGUUUAUGAAUACAGUAUUUGUUUUUGUGAGUACUUGCUCUAGUCCGUAUGUCUAUAGUUGAUUACCUGUCUAGGUUUUGUGAGAAUUGAUGUGUUUUAUGAGCACAUAUGGAUGGGGAAAUAUUGGAAUAAGGGGAAAAAUGGAUCUUGCUUUACAGAAAAACUGUUGUGCACUGUAUUUAAAAAUCUUUAAAGGCAUUAACCCAGAGAAAAGCUAAUAUAUAUAUUUUUUGCCUGUACAUUACCAAUAAUCCAAAAACGUACGUUUUGUCAUUUUUAUUGCGGUGAAUCCAUUUCUCACAUAGUUGUCAUAACUGGUAUGUAAUGAUAAAAUUAGAAACAACAUAUGUGCUAUUAUAAAAUGUUAUUUAUCUUAUGCAGGAAAGCUUGAAAGGUGUGAACACUUGAAUGUGUGUAUUGUGUCUUUAAUAAACACAAAGAAGUAAAACGUC